AUGGCAGAACGCGAGGAUGCGCCGGUUCCACCUGAGGCUCCCGAUGUCUCUGACCGCACCCUGGCCAGCAAAGCUUCCAGCGUCACCCAGUGCGAUUCAGCCUCGAACGGUGUCGAACUUCCUCCGCUUACGUUCCCCCGUUGUCUUGUUUGCCCUCGAAGAAUCACCCCAGGAGACCCAGCCAAGAUGAGUGUCAUCCUAUGUACUGUUGUAACUGCCUCAAGCUCUUCAAUUGUCGUGCAGCCCUUGCAAUGUAUGGGAGUUGAUGCUGACUUGAACGUAUGCACCAGCUUCUGGGAAGCACUGUCGGGCAUUUGUUCGCGGACCAUCCAGCACCCCGAUUCCCAAGUCAAUCGCCUUUGCAUCACUCCGGACAAGCGUUUCCUGGCAGCGGCAGGCCACAACAAUGUUAAGCUAUUUGAUAUCAAGUCCACCAACCCUAACCCCGUCAUGACCUUCGAAGGUCAUACUAACAACAUCACCGGAGUCGCAUUUCAUUGCGAGGGCAAAUGGAUGGUCACCAGCUCGGAGGAUGGCACUGUCAAGGUUUGGGAUACUCGAACUGGCAGUCUGCAACGUAAUUACGUCCAUCGAGCUGCGGUUAACGACGUCGUCAUCCAUCCCAACCAAGGUGAGCUCAUCAGUGGCGACCGUGCUGGCAUGGUUCGUGUCUGGGACCUCGGUGAGAGUGUCUGCACCCACCAACUGAUUCCCGAGGAUGAUACUGCGGUACUCAGUGUCAGCGUCGCCAGUGAUGGGUCUCUGCUGUGCGCUGGAAACAAAAAGGGCAAUGUUUAUAUCUGGCGCAUGGCCCAGACGGAUGAAACAACCCGAAUCAUUCCAAUCUGCACGUUCCAAGCCCACAAGGACUAUCUAACCCGGGUCCUGUUGUCGCCCGAUGUCAAGCACCUGGCCACUUGCUCGGCUGACCAUACCGCCAAGGUUUGGAACUUGGAUCCUGAAUUUGCGCCCGCCAAACUGGCAAUCAAGGAGUGGAACGAAAAGCAAGCGCAACAGGGCCCCGCCGACAGCCAGAACGAGUCGCCCGCUCCCAGCGAGGCUAAAAAUCAGAGCCAUGAUCUACUGCGCAUCUUCGACAACAUUGCCCAAGAUAAGCACCUGCUGCGCAUUACUGACAACACUCCCCGUGAAGAGAGCCCUCAACAAACCUUCACUCCCCAGCCUGAUGGGCCACCCAUGGACCCCGCCAACAACACCUUGUUCCUCGAAACAACCCUUGCAAAUCACCAGCGAUGGGUGUGGGACUGCGCCUUCUCGGCAGACUCGGCUUACCUGGUGACCGUUUCGAGCGACCACUACGCACGUCUGUGGGAGCUCAGCUCCGGCAACAUUAUCCGUCAGUAUAGUGGUCAUCACCGUGGUGCGGUUUGCGUUGCUUUGAACGACUACUCGGAGCCUCGCUGA